AUUCCAGAAUCAAGAAGUAGUUGUGCCUACUAUUUAAUGGGGGAAAUAAAAGAUAAACAAACUCCGGAUUUCCCCUCUAACGAACCGACCAACGAUUUGCAAACGAAGAAACUAACAAAAUCUCUAAAUGGUGCAGCCUUAACAGUAAACUCUCCCAUCUGCCAACAGGAAAGCUGACCAAGAACAAUACGAACGAGCCCUCUCUACUGAGUUGGAACAAUUCCAUUGGGAGGACCGAUAGGAAAAGAGAUACGACUAACUGAGUCCAUCCAUCGAAGUUACCUUCUUAGAAAGCUCACGACACAUUCUGUCAAGCUGGUAAAACUAAGCAUCUGUGCUUCUCUGUCUCUCUCCUCUCUCGUCUUGCCCCCUCCCUCUCUCAUCCUCCUCCCUGCCCAGGCCAAAUUUAGCCGUUAUACCUUCUCUCUCUCUCUCUCUCUCUCUGAGAACACGCACACAUCGAGAGGGAAAGGAGGAGAGGGAUAACAUUUCCCAAAUCGUUCUUGGCUGCGAUUCUUCCUACGCGAGCGCGAGGAGCUUCACUUGUUCCGGCUGACCAGCAACUGGAUUCUUGAUUCCAUCUGGCAGUUCCAUUUGGGCAAUCAAGAUGAACAAGAUGAUGUUCAUGGCGUGCUGCUACAACGAUCCGGAGAUGCUGAUCGAUCCGGACACCGUCUACCCCAUCCGCCCCGAGUGCCGCGCAGACGCCCCCAAGACGCGCUUCAAGCCCCGGCCUGGCCUGACGUUAAGUCCAAAGAGAUGGAAACUGCUCCUCAAUGAGGGAGGUUGCCUGGACAUAGCUGGAAUGCUCAAAAGAGUACAACGUGGGGGCGUCCACCCAACCAUCAAAGGAGAAGUUUGGGAGUUUUUGUUGGGAUGUUAUGACCCUAAAAGUACUACUGAACAACGGAACCAAUUGCGACAGCAGCGAAGGUUAGAGUAUGAGAAACUAAAAACUAAGUGCCGAGAAAUGGACACAACAGUUGGUAGUGGAAGGGUAGUUACUAUGCCUGUAAUAACAGAAGAUGGCCAGCCUGUCGAAGACCCUAAUUCAAAUGGAGGGGCACGGCUUUCUUUGGUGGGCUCUGAACAGCAAACCAAUGGUGCACCACUCCCAAAAGAAGUUAUUCAAUGGAAGCUUACUCUGCAUCAAAUUGGUCUUGAUGUUAAUCGUACUGAUCGUCAACUAGUUUAUUAUGAGAGACAAGAAAAUUUGGCAAGGCUGUGGGACAUUCUUGCAGUGUACUCAUGGAUUGAUAAGGACAUUGGUUAUUGUCAGGGAAUGAGUGAUCUUUGUUCACCAAUAUCAAUCCUUCUGGAACAUGAAGCAGAUGCUUUUUGGUGCUUUGAACGUCUGAUGCGCAGGGUGAGAGGAAAUUUCAAGAGUACUUCUACUUCCAUUGGAGUUCGAUCUCAGCUGACCACCUUGUCAUCCAUAAUGAAAGCUGUUGAUCCAAAGCUACAUGAGCAUUUAGAGAAUCUUGAUGGAGGGGAAUACUUAUUUGCCUUCCGUAUGCUGAUGGUUCUUUUCCGUAGGGAGUUCUCUUUUGUAGACACAAUGUACCUUUGGGAGCUCAUGUGGUCUAUGGAGUACAAUCCAAGUCUCUUCUCAAUGUUGGAGAGUGACACUGGCACAUCUAGCACGAACACAAAGGAUGAAAAUGUCCUAAGACAGUGUGGAAAGUUUGAACGGAAAAAAUUGCAAGCAACUAAGAAAGAUGAGAUCCCCCUAUCCGUCUUUGUUGUAGCUAGUGUUCUAGAGGCUAAAAACAAGCUGUUACUGAGUGAGGCAAAAGGUCUAGACGAUGUUGUCAAGAUCUUAAACGACAUCACUGGUAGUCUGGAUGCAAAAAAGGCAUGCAGAGGAGCACUGCAGAUUCAUGAGAAGUACCUAAACAUAGUAAAAGCGUCAUAGCAUCAUGUACAGCUUCGGUUGGGCUUUUUUUGUGGAUUGGAGAAGCAGCUGUAUCACCGAAAAUUUUCAUUCUUUAUAGGUGUAUUCUGUAUUUCUUUGACCCAAUUGUAAUAUUGCAUUUGCAAAAGAAAAAAAAAGGAAAGGAAAGAAAGAACGCCAAUCUUGUAAAGAUACGGUACAAAAUCUUUAUACUGAAAUAAAUUCGUCGUGAUUCUUUUUGCUA